AUGGAGUUCUUUGCCGGUUCAGUCAACCCUCCUAUUAUCGCCGAGGUCGAGACUCAGAAGAAAUGGAUUUCCAUGCGACAAAUCGUCAUCGGGAUGGCCAAUGUCUCCCCCAUGGUCCGACACGCAAUUUUGGCUUUUUCGAAUCUUUUACUUUCUAGGAAAGACGGCAACUGGACUAUGAGCGACGAUGAUCAUUACCAGCGUGGCGUUGCCGAAGUUGCAAGCCAUGAUGGUGCGCCUAUGUCUGAACACAGCCGUGAACGUGAGCAUCUUCUCGCAGCCUUAUUCUUUCUCAGCUAUAUCGAUAUACUGGAGAGUCGUCUCGAUGCCGCGCAUUCGAACCUAAAGCGUGCCUACACUCUUUUCCAGGCGAGUAACAAGCACGGCUUGACGCAAGUGGAGAAGCAAUUGCUUCUUUGGAUACGGCUCCUCGAUGGGCGAGCAGUAUCUGCUGGGGGCGAUGGUCUAUUUCUCACUAAAGAUGAUGAGGUCCUUUUGGUGGAAGCAUCACCGGCAAGUUUCGAUGGAGAAACCGACGACAUGUCAAAGAACGACCCUGCGGAAGAUAUCGAGGAUGUACUAUUCCAGGUGUUAUAUCAACCUGGUGUUGUGUUUUAUCAAAAAGUCCAGAGUUUUAUGGGCAGGAUCUCCAAGAUUGACCCAUGGCAUCGAUCGCGUGGUACGGUUGAAGACGAAAUCGAGGUUAUGAAUAUCGGCACUAUCAUAGCGGCCGACUUACGCACUCUGUACGAACAUCGACCACCACUGAUGGACUAUGCUGUAGCAGGCAAGUUGACGCAGCCUCACGUCUCAAAACAUCUGGCGUUUGUCAUCACAAGAGCCUUCCGAACAUACCUUUCGAACUAUUACGCCAGCAAAGUGCAUCUCCAUCGCGUUGCCUACAAAAGUCUGCCUCUAACGAAAGAGGCGUCUGAAGCUUUGGACCAGAUCCGGAAGCUCGCCCGGCAGAUUGUGGCUGACCUGGAUGCUGAUGAUACACUUCCAAUCAAUAUGCUAUGGCCUCUUUUGAUGUUGGGUGUAGAAGAGCAAGACGCUAGCGAAAAGGCAUGGAUUAAAACACAAAUUCUCAGAAUGGAGAAAGUUGCUGGCAACGCACGCAUCACGGCGCAAGUGCUGGAGGAAGUCCAAGCUCGGCAAGACGCGGCCAAAGCACGCAUGGAUAUUCGGUCUGUGAUGCAUGAGGUAUUCAACUCAAGCUUUGCAAUCGUCUAA